AUGGCGUCUUCCUCAACUUCAUUCGCUCAUAGGAGAAGCUCUAAGUAUGAUGUAUUUUUGAGUUUUAGAGGAAAAGACACUCGUAAAAACUUUGUUGAUCAUCUUUAUCAUGCUCUUCAACGACAAGAAAUUUGCACUUACAAGGUCGACAAGAGAAUCACCAAAGGGAAAAGGAUCUGUGGCGAGCUCAUUAGAACAAUUAAAGACUCAAAAUUUUACAACAUUGUUUUCUCCAGGAAGUAUGCAUCUUUGUCUUGGUACCUAAAUGAGCUUGUGAAGAUAAUGGAGUAUCACAAUGACAAGACGACAGAGAAUACUGCUUUCCCCGUUUUCUAUGAUGUCGCACCCAAGGAAGUUAGCCACCAACGCAGGGUAGUUAGAAAAGCCUUUGCCAAAAAUAAAAAUAAGGAGGCUGUUGGAAAAUGGAGGGAGGCUCUGAAAGAAGCAAUCGAUCUGGCUGGUUGGGAGUUGAAGAACACUGCUGAUGGGUAA